AUGGCAGACAUGCAGGAUACACUGCUGCUGGGCUCUGAGGGAAUAAAGAAAACCAUCCUGCAUGGAGGAUCCGGAGACAUCCCAAAAUUCAGCACUGGGGCAAAGGUGACGUUCCACUUUCGUACCCUGAUGUGUAACGAUGAUCACACAGUGAUAGAUGACAGCAGAGCAACAGGUACGCCCAUGGAGAUCGUGAUUGGAAACAUGUUUAAACUGGACAUCUGGGAGACUCUGCUGUCCUCCAUGAGGGUCAGGGAGGUGGCUGAAUUCUGGUGUGACACCACUCACACUGGUGUUUACCCACUUGUAUCAAAGAGUAUGAGGCGCAUCGCUGAGGGCAAAGACCCAGUGGACUGGCACAUCCACACAUGUGGUAUGGCCAACAUGUUUGCCUACCACAGCCUCGGCUAUGACGACCUGGACGAGCUGAUGAAGGAACCGAAGCCUCUUUACUUCAUCCUGGAGCUGCUCAGGGUGCAGCAGCCCAGUGAGUACAACAGGGAGUCUUGGGCUCUGAGUGAUGAAGAGAGGCUUAGAGUGGUGCCUAUCCUGCAUGGACAGGGGAACAAACUCUAUAAACAAGGACACUAUCAAGAGGCCACGCAAAAAUACAAGGAGGCCAUCAUCUGCAUAAAGAAUGUGCAGAUCAAGGAGAAAGCAUGGGAUGUCCCGUGGCUGAAGCUGGAGAAGAUGGCGAAUACCUUAACCCUCAACUACUGUCAGUGUCUGCUACACAUGGAGGAGUACUACGAAGUCAUUGAGCACACCAGUGACAUCAUCAAUCAGCUCCCAGGUGUAGUGAAGGCCUUCUACCUGCGAGGUAAGGCCCACAUGGAGGUGUGGAAUGAAGCCGAAGCCCGGCAGGACUUCAGCAGGGUGCUGGAGCUCGACCCAGGUAUGAAGAAAGUCGUGAAAAGGGAUCUGGCUGUGCUCAACAUGCGCAUGGAGGAGAAGAACCAGGAGGACAGGGACAAGUACAAGGGCAUGUUUUAA